GCCACUGACUUGACACCAUCCCCUUCAUUUUCACACACACAACACGUACGCACUAAUUUGCCCUAGCUCAACAGCCAUGACAAAGGACGUCGAAUACGCGGCGGAGCCGGCGCCGGAGUUCUCGGCCAAGGACUACCACGAUCCGCCGCCGGCGCCGCUCGUCGACUUCGAGGAGCUGACCAAAUGGUCCUUCUACAGAGCGGUGAUCGCCGAGUUCAUCGCCACGCUGCUCUUCCUGUACGUCACCGUUCUCACCGUAAUCGGCUAUAAGCACCAGAGCGACACCACGGACGGCGGUGACGACUGCGGCGGCGUUGGCAUCCUCGGCAUCGCCUGGGCCUUCGGCGGCAUGAUCUUCAUCCUCGUCUACUGCACCGCCGGCAUCUCCGGAGGGCACAUUAAUCCGGCGGUGACGUUCGGGCUGUUUUUGGCGCGGAAGGUGUCGCUGAUUAGGGCGGUGAUGUAUAUGGUGGCGCAGAGUUUGGGGGCGAUCUGCGGCGUAGGGUUGGUGAAGGCUUUCCAGAAAUCGUACUACAACAAAUACGGCGGCGGCGCAAACGAGCUCGCCGACGGCUACAACAAGGGCGUCGGCUUGGGCGCAGAGAUUAUUGGCACCUUCGUUUUGGUGUACACUGUUUUCUCCGCCACUGAUCCUAAGAGAAGUGCACGAGACUCCCAUGUUCCUGUGUUGGCGCCACUUCCCAUCGGAUUCGCGGUGUUCAUGGUCCACCUGGCCACCAUCCCCAUCACCGGCACCGGCAUCAACCCAGCCCGGAGUUUCGGCGCCGCUGUCAUCUACAACCAGGAAAAGGCCUGGGAUGACCAGUGGAUUUUCUGGGUUGGACCAUUCAUCGGAGCCGCCAUUGCUGCAUUCUACCACCAAUUUAUAUUGAGGGCAGCAGCCAUUAAAGCUCUGGGAUCUUUCAGAAGCAAUGCAUGAGAAAUAUAUACGUGGGAUUAAUUGAUGAGCGGAAUAAUGAAUUAUUGGGGGAGAAAAUUCCAUCAAAUUGUAUAUAUCCAUUCCUGUUGUCUUUUUGAAAUUCCCUCUCUUGUAAUUUUUUUUGCUUCCUUGAAUCCAAGAUUUGUUGUUGCAUUUUCCCAUUUGGAUCUUUAAUGAAUAUUUUUUUUCUUAAAAAUAAA